GUGAGUCAGAUGUGGGGAUUAGUGCUGGGACAAUGACCUGAGCGGUGGUAGGGCAGGUCUGGGCAGCACCGGGGCGGUGGGAUGGGGCUGGGGAGCUGCUGAAUGGUUCUAGAGCCAGGAGAUGCCCAACUCUCCUCUCCCCACACCAGGUACGGGAGAGAUGCAAAGGGAAAUUGCGUUCUGGCACAGCGUUGUCUCCAAAGGAUCCUGAAUGGCUCCGAUUAAAAUCAGCUAUGUGGUGUCCUUCUCCUCCCAGGACCCCAAGUACCCAGCAGAGAACCUGCUGAGUGAGGAUGGCAUACAGCCCUGGCUUGGCUGCCCCAAGAAGCACAGCAAGCAUCUGAGUGUGGAGCUGCAACUGGAGAGAGCCAGUCCCAUUGGCUACGUUGACAUUGGGAACUAUGGCUGCGCCUUUCUGCAGAUUGAGGUUGGACGCUCCUCAUGGACCUGUGACCAGCCCUAUCUCACCUUGGUGCCCACUGUUACACUGAUGACUCCAGCCGAGUCGAAGCUGGACCAGAAUCGCUACGGGGUUCGGAUGUUUAAGGAAGCGGAUUUCUCGGAGCUGACAGUGGGGCAGAAGUGGGACCGUGUUCGGCUCACCUGCAGCCAGCCCUUCAGUCCGUGCAGCCGCUUCGGGCUCUCCUUCAUCCGCCUGCGCACACCACAGGAGCAGGAGCCUGACCCCCCCCGGCCACCCCUGGACACAGAGAUUGCCAAGCUCUCAGACACACCCUGGUGCUCCAGCCCUGCCUUUCGCCAGACUUCCUUACCUGAACCAUGCUUGAGAUCCAGGGAGGAGGAGCAGCUGAAGAGCUGCCUGUGGAAGCUGGAAGGGGCUGCCUGGAGCCCGACCCACCUCAGCCGCUCUGCCCAGAUGGUGCUGCUGGCAGCGCAGAACCAGGCGCUGAGGCCCAGAGCUGGCACGAGCACCUCGGGGGCUCACCUGGAGCUGCCGGCCGAGGAUGUCGGAGGUCCUGCGGUGUCAGGCUCUGCACUGGAUGUCCCUGCAGCUCUUCCAAGAACCUGCAGGCAGCUGGACAGGCACUGUGCUCCCAGCCCUGCUGGCAGGGCUCCGGCUGCCACCUCAAGGACACCCAGGAUGAAAGGAAGAGCCCGAGCCUGUGGCCCCCGAGAGAAACGCAUCAGGAGGAAUGACAGGGGCCAGGCCAGCAGUGACAGGGGGACAGGUGUCUGCCCCAUCUGCUCAGGCUGCUUCCUGCUGGAUGUGCUCCCCACACAUGCCUCUCAGUGUGGAGAAGACCCUGCUGCAGCCUGGCCUUUCUUGUCCUCUGAUGCCUGGGUAUCCUGCCCCAUUUGUCAGCUGCCCUUUGAUGUGGCAGAGGUGGAGCAGCAUGCCAGCAGCUGUGGGGAGACACCAGGGGCCCUAUCCUCACCCCAGGCCCUGCAGUAGGAUAGCAGAGCUGGGGCCAAACCCCUGGGAGCUGAACCUGCAGUACUCCAAAGGGCCGACACUACAGCACCUGGACACUUGUGGCAAGGCUGGUGUGAGGAUGGAGAAGAUGCUUCCAGCCCCAUGGCAAUGUUUGAUGGGGUCUGAACUACUGUAAUGGCAGAAGUUGCUACUGGAGAAAAAUAAUUUAAAGGAGAAAAAGAAGAAAGGAAUCUGCACUCUGCUUGGUGAUACAGCAGAUUCCCUGGGUGAGCAUCCUGCCUUGGGACACCCUGUGUAGUUCAUGGGGACAGUGAGAGGACAAGGAGGAGGUUGUGCUUUUCUUUCCCUCGGGCCCUGAUAAGGGUUUCAGUGCAUGUGAACUGUAGGAGAGAGAAAGCCAGGAUGCCCAGAGAAGUGAAAAAUACACUUUAUUUACAAGUAGAAACA